AUCAACAGCUAGCCCCAGAGUAAACACAAUCUUUCUACCUUUUUUAUCCAUCCAAAUCUAUCUCCCAUAAUUAAACAAGUUCGUUCCCCUUCAAAUUACUCUCUUUGUAACCCAGGGCUUGCAAACAAAUAAACUCUAGCUCUGUAGCAAAACCUAGGCAAUCUAGCUCCACUAUUUUGAGUGAUCUUCGUUUUGUCUUUAUGAGUUUUUCGUUUCAACCGACGCCAACGGCCUCUCAUAAAACUACUCAAGUUACCGGCUGGUACUUCUUCGCUCUCAAAGUCCUGCCAACGGUAUUUAAUUAACCAGAACACCACAACAUCCACAAGGACUUGCGUUUCGGUCUUUAACCCAAUACUCCAAUCUAGUACCGUCAGCCAUGAUCGGUCAGAGCAAGCUCGCCUCGUCUCUCGCCGCAAUGUUCGCUGUGUCUCUCUUUGCUAUACUCGUUCAGCUAUUCUGGGUGCUCCGGCGCAGGCGAAGACUCCGGAGACAGAGCAUCGAGGAUGGAGGAAACUCAUUCUACAGCUCCCCAAAAGAGCUCCUCCACAUUUUCUGCUGGGAAAAUCAGUCCCGCAUCGAACCUAACGAAGCUCCUGCCCCAACUCCAGCUCCCCAAAUAACGACGGAGAUCGAUGACGUUUUCAAGUGGCACGUACUUUACGGACAGUCAAGGAUUUUGUUUACGAUCAAGGAGGAGGAGAGAGAAGGUGUGGACUCUGAGAACUGUUCGUCUUCGGAGAACGGAACGAGGACUAAGAGGGUGUGCACGGAAGAGGUCGUUGGGGUACUUGCGAGGUCUUUGCCGGUCGUGGCUGUGAAGAUUGACGUAGACGAUGCGACGCCGUUCUCGACGCCUUGUGCUUCGCCGCCUUACUACACUCCUCUGCCAUCUCCUGCUCGCGAGUAAUAUGGGACCCGAAAGCUGACACGUUCGAGAGGAAGAGAAAGAGAUCACGAAACAAUCUAUUAAACGGCAGCGAGAAAAACCCAAUGAUCAGCAUGCUUUUUCCGGGAAAUAACAAGUUGUCGUACGUUUGUGGGCAUAGAUGUUAAUUAGGUGUUGCCAUGUGAAUAUGGUGGCCGUGAAUAUCUCCGGUCCGAGAUCGACCAUUUGCUGGCAGUUGAGCUUCUUUAGUACUUUUGUAAGAUAUAUAGAUCCAUUUCCCAACAA